CCUGCUGCACCAUGCCGCCGGGCGUCCUGCUGGUUCUGUUCGCUUUGUUGCUCCUGUCCCUGCUUUCUUUACUCCAAGCCGGAGACCUCUCUACCAUGGAUAGCAUGGCUAUGGGUAACUGCAUCCACGCCAGAAAACUGUGCCUGGCUGAUUCCACUUGUAGCACCCCCUUCCUCUACUUGGAAACCUGCUUUCCUUUCAUGACCUCCACUCCUCAGAAGCCUGAAAAGCAGGAGAGUUGCCUGGAGGCAGCACAACAGCUCAAGAACAGCUCCCUGAGCAGCUGCAGAUGCUAUUGGCGCAUGAAGAAUCAGGACACCUGCCUGGCAAUCUACUGGACCAUCCACUCUACUUUUGGCUUUGGUGACUAUGAUCUGGGGGGCUCGCCAUAUAAAGAAAUUGUGAUCAGCAAACCUUGGAAAUUUAAUCACCUGCAUUUAGACAAGUUUGAAUCAGGUUCCCAGAGCCACGAUCUUUGCCUGAAGUCUACCACUCUGUGCACCCUGAAUGACAAAUGUAACAAGUUGCGCCUGGCCUAUGGAGAGGUCUGCUCAGUGGCUAAUUGCCAGCCCCUAAAGUGCCAGGAGGAGCUCCGGGUCUUCUUUGAGCAGGUGGCAGACCACUAUGCACAGGCACUUCUAUUCUGCCCUUGUGACAAUGGAGAUGAUGUCUGUGGGGCACGACGGCGCAACACUAUUGCCCCCAGCUGUGCUUCUCCAAUACGUGAUCUCCCCAACUGCCUGAUGCUUUGGAACACCUGCCUUCAAGACUUUCUCUGCAGAUCCCGCCUGGCUGAUUUUCAGAUGUAUUGCUAUCACAUGGACCCUCCAGGGACCUGUGUGGAGAGGCAUUCUAGUAGAUGCCUGAAGGCAUAUAUGGGGUUAAUUGGAACUGUAAUGACUCCCAAUUACAUCAGCAACCUCAGUGCUGAUGUUGCUGUGAGCUGCUCCUGCCAGGGGAGUGGCAACCAACUAGAAGAAUGCAAGCGUAUAGAGGAAUCCUUCUCCAGAAAUCCCUGCCUCACCAAGGCCAUUGAAACUCAGAUGGAAUUUCACCGUCAACUGCUUUCCAAAAGCUCCCCCACUGCCGUCUCUGGGAAAAGCUUUAAAGGCUUUGAAGAUCCUUCCUAUUCAGUGGAGAUAGACCAGGAUAAAAAUCUGGCUGGAAGACUGCAACCCUGGGUCCCCUCCAUCUCUCUAGGCUCCCUGAUCUUGGUUUUGUUCCUGCUCUCUGCCCUUGGCUAGUGUAAUAGUACUUUGCUUGUGGUCCCUCUUUUCCUCUUGCAUAUUACUUCCCUGAGAGUCCCAGCCAGAGCUGUUUUAAGCUGUUUAAGGAGAGGCAAAAAAGAAAAAGAGAGAGAGAGAGAGAGACACUAUGCCUGUCCCAAACCUUUGUGAUCAGUAAUCACUAAAGAAGACCUAGAAGGAAAAUUCUAUUAAAUAGUAAGGGAAAGAGACCACUACAAAGUAGGGACAAAGAUGGCUGAACCAGGGCUGCCCUCUGAAGUUGUUUUUCCAUAGAAGAGAGGGGACUCUAUGAUCAUUCCUUCAAGGUAUACCGCUACAGAGGUCCUAGGCUCCAGGUGAGGCAACACCCUUAGGGAUGGGAGGGAAGAGGAGAGGGAAAUUGAAUUCAACGGGGUGUCCUUAAUGGACUGGGGCUUCCCUGAGCACCUUGUCUCUUCCACCCUAGGUCAUCUAUUUCUAGGGUGCUGGGGGCUAACCCUGAUUGCCUGGCAAUGGGAAUUAGGCAGUGACUGGCUAAGCCAAGUUCUCUCCAAUUCUCUUUUUUUUCCUCUUCUCAGACUAUGGUCUUUUCCCUUCAAGGGGAAAUAUUCCUUCUAUUCCUAUAUUUUUUUCAUUCAAUCAUGAAGCAAACAUUUAUUAAAUGUCAACUAUGUGAAACAUUGAUCCUGCCCUCAAGCAAUUUACCACCUAGAAUAAUAAUUUGCCAGUUUUGUGGCUCUAGCCAGGCAGAGUGGGAUAGUCCUUCCCAUCCAUCCAAGGAGAAAAUAAAUCCAAGAUUCCCACAUCUUGUCUAAUCUUUGGCCCCUAAUCUGAAUGAGAGAAAAAGAGGCAGCCUGGAAUGUCUUAUAGCAGGCGCCCAGGUUCUUAAAAAAGAAUUUCAGUUCCUAAGUUGGGUUCUCCUGUGCCCUACUCUGAUAUGUUAUUCCUUCAACCCAAUUUCCACCUCCUCAAUUAUACGUUCAU